CUCGAAGACGCUUGGAACAGGUGGCUCGACCUCUGCUGCUGGUGACUCUGGGCCUGCUAUCGCUGCUGAUUUGAGAGCCGCCCCCUCGAGACCUUGCUCGGUUCACCCCUUGCCACAACGCAACCAUGAAGCUCUUUGACAUCUCCAUCUUUGACAUGCGGGGCGACAAGCCCGUGAUCUUGACCGAGGCUCGUGACCUCUCCUCGUUCAACUUUUUCCAGCGCUCCAGCGUCGAAGAGUACAUGAAUUUUUUCACCACCACCUUGGCUGAGCGCACCGAUGAGGGUGUUCGCCAAUCGGUCCAGGAGAAGCAAUACUUUUGCCACGUUCACAACCGCCAGGACAAGCUCUGCGGUGUUGUGAUUGUGGAUGAGGAAUAUCCGGCCCGCGUAGCCUUUAGCAUCAUCAGCAAAGCGCUUGAAGAGUUCAAGAGCAAGUAUCCCGUUGCCAGCUGGACCAGCAAUCCUCGGGACAUGCCAUUUCCGGAAUUGGCCGAGAUGCUGAAAAAGUACCAGGACCCGGCCCAGGCCGACUCGAUGCUCAAGGUGCAGCAGGAGCUAGAUGAGACCAAAGUUGUCCUGCACAAGGCUAUGGAAUCGGUUCUCAAACGCGAUGAGCACCUGGAUGACCUCGUCGCCAAGAGCGACCAGCUCUCGUCAACCAGCAAGGUGUUUUACAAAAAGGCCAAGGCAGCCAACUCGUGCUGUGUGGUGGUGUAAACAGCCUCUGUAGGAGUCGUCAAGCACCAGUCUCAGAUCGGCACUUGAAAUGCGUGCUGGCUUGCCCGCCCUGCCUUCCUCCCUUUCCCUAAUGGUUUUUCCCGCUUUUUUUUCUGUGGCGCCCGCGGCGCUCAAUGCGUGUAUUGUGUCUGCGUUCUCAUCAAGUAGUUGAAGCGCUUUCAUC